AAUGCGUGUCAUUCUUCUGUGCUUGAUAGUAGCAGCGUACUGCUUUGCCGCCGAGGAGCAAAAGCUUCAAUGGAAGGAUGAGGAUGGUCUUGAGAUCAAGAUCAUCAGGCCGAUCAAGGCUGAGAAGUGCCCGAUCAAGUCGCAAGACGGGGAUGUUCUCGAUCAAUGGUACAAGCUUUCUGAUAAGGAUGGAAAGGAAAUCGGAUCCAACUUCAACAAGAAGCCAUACACCUUCACCCUCGGAAAAGGACAGGUCAUCCCAGGAAUGGAGAGAGCUAUGACCGGAAUGUGCAAGGGAGAAAAGAGAAAGGUCGUCAUCCCAGGAAACCUCGGAUUCGGAGACAAGGGACGUGAGCGUGACAACAUCAAGGAGGAUCAGACCCUCUACUACACCGUCCAGCUCGUCGAUCUGUUCCGCGCUGUGCCAGGAGAGAAGUGGACCACCGAUGAGGGAAUCGUUAUUGAGCAGACACACAAGAUUGAUGAGGAUAAGUGCAAGAAGUCGAAGAGUGGAGACACCAUUCACCAACAGUACGUGCUUCAUCUUGAGGACGGAACUUUCGUCGAUUCGUCUUUUUCUCGCAACGCUCCAUUCAUCUUCAAGUUGAAUAAUAAUGAAGUCAUCAAGGGAAUGGACAUUGCCAUGACUGGAAUGUGCGAGGGAGAACGUCGUCAAGUGGUCAUCCCAUCAGACUUCGGAUACGGAGACGACGGAAGAGCUCCAGCCAUUCCAGGAAAAGCUCGUCUCUACUUUGACAUCACCCUCGAGAAGCUCAUCCAACGCGACGAGUUGUAAAUAUUUUCCAUGAUUUCAUGUCUUAGCCAUUUUUGUUUCGCAUGUUACGGGAUUUUAUUAUCUUUAAAUUGUGAUUAUCUUUGUUGUUUUUCUUGUUGACUCAAAACUAAUAAUAAAUCGAUUGC